AUGCGGUGCCUACUGUCGUGGGCGGGUACUCCCUCAGAAGGAACGACGUACGUCCCGAAGAGAAAACGAGGACUGAAGCCAGUCAUCAGGAGGAUCAAGGGCGUACCAGUGGCAGUAGCCAGCACCCUCAUGCAAGUCGCAAAUAGAACAGCUCAGGCAGCACGCAUUAUCCUCGCACUGAAUCAGAUGGCAAUCGAGCACUCAGUGGGAGUCCCAGCAAGCUAUGCCGAUCGAGACAAUCCACAGUCAGAUGUUGAUGAGGAUGACAGCUCAUCGUUCAGGGCGAAUAGGACACCCAAGAGGCAGUUUCAGAUGACGCUGUGGGAUUUGACACAUCCGCGAGAUGCAUCCACGCCAACAACCUUCCAGUUAUUCAUGAGGCUCAUCCACGCUCUGAAAGCAGGAAUCGGCAUUGUCGCCGAGGAAGGAAACCCAAUGAUAGCACUCAGCCUGGUCAUCUGGUCGCUCAACGGUACCACGAAUGGGAAUGCGAACGACCAUCAGUAUGACAGUGACUCCGUGCUCAUAGCAAUCGACAACUGCUCCUCAAGGUGCAUUACGAAUUGCAUGCGCGACUUCAUUGGUAAGCCAACGCCAGUCAAAGUGUCAGUCCAAGGUAUUGGAGGAUCAGUCACAGCAAUGUUCAAGGGAACAGUCAGAUGGUUCAUUGAGGAUGAGCAAGGCAAGGUUCAUCACUUCCUCAUCCCCAACACUUACUACAACGCAGCCACACCGUUCCGGCUAUUGUCACCUCAGCACUGGGCGCAAGUAUCAGACGACAACUAUCCAAGGCAAAGAGGAACAUGGUGCGUGACAUAUGAAGACACCGUUGAACUGUUUUGGAAGCAAGGGUCAUUCAAGAGAGUGAUCAAGCUAUCACUCUCGAGCAACAUAGCGCUACUGCGCAGUGCACCAGCAUAG